UCCAGCUUCGCUCUUACCCCCUCCCCCUCUUAGCCUGGCCACAGACUUUCUUUCCUUAGGUCUUUCUAUCUAAAACCUUCUCCUCCCCUCCCCUCCCCCCAAACUCUUUGGAAAUCUUUCAACUUUCUUUUAAGUUUUCCCUGAGCAGUUUGGGGUCUGUUUCAGAGCUAGGUCCGGACGCUUUAACACCCCCAGCUGGGUAGAGUGGACGAGACAAUAGCUGCUAUCACUUUACCAUUGGAAGUGACCCCCGAAUUUGCACUUCUUUCAUCUUAAGACCAGAGCACUUGAGGGUGGGCGAUUUCCUGGGGGGAGUGGCUUAAGUCGCUUCUCCACCGGCCAGUUGGCUGUAGACGGUCCAUGCUCAGUGGUCCACUACAGAUAUGAAACCAGUUCUGGAGUGAGAGUGGCGCUCAGCUGGGGACGCUGCCCGCAGGGUGACUUAAAUGUCCCAAACUGGAAGGAGGAGAGAGAAGUGGAUGCCCCCAGGGCUCUGGGCCACCCUCGAGGUAUGUGGGAGUGAAGAACAUAAGGACUUCUAUCACAGUUUGAUGCCAUUGCCUCAGUUCAUGCUAAGGCGCCACAGUUUUACUCAAAUGUUAAUACAGUGAAAAAGACAAAUAAUAUCUUACUAUUAAAUUGUCUGAAUAUUAUUAUGAAAAUAGUUUAACUUGCAGACCCCUUGAAAAAGUCUCAUGGAACUCCACGGGUCCACGGACCGUACUUUGAGAAUCACUAUACUAGGGAAAGGCAGACCAGUUUUGGCUCUAUGUGAUUGUAAGCCUUUACAGGAUGAAAUCUCGGGAGCAGCUGGUGCAGCAGGUGCUACAGGAGUUGCAAGAGGCAGUGGAGUCCGAGGGCCUGGAGGGUCUUGUGGGUGCGGCCCUUGAGGCCAAACAGGUCCUGUUUUCCUUCACCCUCCCCACCUGCCGGGAGGGGGGCCCCGGCCCCCAGAUGCUGGAGGUGGACUCGGUGGCCUUGAGCCUGUACCCAGAGGAUGCUCCCCGGAACAUGCUGCCGCUGCUGUGCAAGGGCGAGGGCAGCCUGCUGUUUGAGGCGGCCAGCAUGCUGCUGUGGGGUGACGCAGGCCUCAGCCUGGAACUGCGGGCCCGGACUGUGGUGGAGAUGCUGCUGCACAGACACUACUACCUCCAGGGCAUGAUCGAGUCCAAGGUGAUGCUGCAGGCCGUGCGCUAUUCCCUGUGCUCCGAGGAGUCCCCGGAGAUGACCAGCCUGCCGUCCGCCACGCUGGAGGCCAUCUUCGAUGCGGAUGUCAAGGCCACCUGCUUUCCUAGCAGCUUCUCCAAUGUGUGGCACUUGUAUGCCCUCGCCUCUGUCCUGCAGCGCAACAUCUACUCCAUCUACCCCAUGCGCAACCUCAAGAUCCGGCCCUACUUUAACCGCAUCAUCCGGCCCCGUCGCUGUGACCACACACCUGCCACGCUGCACAUCAUGUGGGCUGGCCAGCCCCUCACCAGCCACCUCUUCCGCCACCAGUACUUUGCCCCUGUGGUGGGGCUGGAGGAGGUGGAGGCUGAAGGUGCAACUGGCCCAGCCCUGGCCCCGCUGCCACCACCAGCCAAGACCCUGGAGCUGCUCAACCGGGAGCCUGGCCUCAGCUACUCCCACCUCUGUGAGCGCUACAGUGUCACCAAGAGUACCUUCUACCGCUGGCGGCGGCAGUCCCAGGAGCACCGGCAGAAGGUGGCUGCCCGCUUCUCGGCCAAGCACUUCCUGCAGGACAGCUUCCACCGUGGGGGUGUCGUGCCCCUGCAGCAGUUCCUCCAGAGGUUCCCCGAGAUCUCACGCUCCACCUAUUAUGCCUGGAAGCACGAGCUGCUGGGCUCUGGCACCUGCCAGGCCCUGGCCCCCAAGGAGGCACUGGCGAUGGAGGAGCUGGAGACGCUGCCGGAGGAACAGGUCACCGAGGGGCUCGGAUGCUCGUCACUGGCGGUGUCCAGCCCUGGAAUGGUCUUAAUGCAGCGGGCCAAGUUGUACCUGGAGCACUGCAUCUCCCUGAACACACUGGUACCCUACCGCUGCUUCAAACGCAGGUUCCCUGGCAUCUCCCGGUCCACCUACUACAACUGGCGCCGAAAGGCCCUCCGAAGGAACCCCAGCUUCAAGCCGCCACCAGCCCUCUUGGUGGCCGGGGUUCCCCAGCCUGCAUCUGUUGGGGAAGAGGCCCUACUCCCUUGGAAGGGUGAGGUGGAAGACAGGGCAGGGAAAGCAGCAGGUGGGGGGCCACCUGCCCCCCGGGAGUUCCUGCCCCUGAGGAUGCCCCUGUCCCGUUGGCAGAGGCGUCUGCGCAGGGCUGCCCGCAAACAGGUGCUGAGUGGGCAUCUCCCCUUCUGUCGCUUUCGCCUCCGCUACCCUAGCUUGUCACCCUCCACCUUUUGGGUUUGGAAGAGUCUUGCCCGGGGCUGGCGCAGAAGCAUGUCUAAGCUUCAGGUACAGGCCCUGACCUUGGGCAAAGCGGGGGUGCAUGGGGCAGGGGAGAAGCAGGAGAAAGAAUCUGGUAGGAAUGUGACAGCUGCCAUGGCCCCACCUGCAGGGACCCUGCAGGUGGGGGCUUCUCCAGGAGAGGAUCCAGGGAAGGUCCAGGGAGGGCCUUCCAGAGACGGGGUCCUGCCAGGGGGGGCCGUGGCCCAGAGCCGGCCCCACAGUGGGUCCCUGUCCAGCCGUCCUGUGGUGGCAGCGGCAAGUGGCAGGGACGGCCAAAUGCUGGUGAUGGACAUGCUUGCCACCACGAAGUUCAAGGCCCAGGCCAAGCUGUUCCUGCAGAAGCGCUUCCAGUCCAAGAGCUUCCCCUCCUACAAGGAGUUCAGUGCCCUCUUCCCCUUCACUGCCCGCUCCACCUACUACAUGUGGAAGCGCGCCCUCUAUGAUGGCCUAACCUUGGUUGAUGGCUGACAGGGAGGUGUGAAUGGGGCGGGGAGAAAGGGGGGCCAGUUUAGAGAGGGUCGGGGACCUGAGUUGCUCCCUGGCUUGGCCAGGAUGUCCUUUGUUCCGGCUCCCACAGUAUCUAUCCUGAAUGCAAGGGGAGAUUUGUGUUUUAUGGCUCCAGGGCAGAGAGAGCCAGAAAUCAGCCAUCUGGUCCUCUGCAGAGAGCUGCAGGACCAGAGAUGUUCACUUCAGUUGUUUGCCGUUCUUAUUUUUAUUGUUGUGUCUUGGUUUUAGUUUUUUGUUUUGAUUUAAGGGGGUUGGCUGGGCCCCCUUGCUGGUGUUGGAAGCUGUACGUGUGUGGGGGUCUGGAGGGGGGUUGGUUAGCUAAUGCUGCUUUCAGCUAUUCCUGGGGACAAAAAGAGUAUUAUAGCAUGGCCAUCUGUCCCAGUGGGCAGAAUAUAUAUAUUCAGUUCCUUUUGGCGGUUGGCACUGUCCUUACUCAAGAUGGUGCCUAAAGGAACAUUAGACAUCAAGUGUGGAGCGGGUCAGUGGCUUCUGUCUGACACUCCCAAGGGAGAGGGUGCCAGGCUUGGCAUGAGCAGAAGCAGGGAUGUAUAGGCAGAAUCAAGGAUGGCCUCUAAGAGAAGACCGUGAGCUGGAUCACUGAGGGGCUGGCCUGUCCCUUGCAAGGAGUAUGGUAAGGGGCGGGGGGAGAGGGCCUCGAGUCUCUGCUUACUGGUGCUUGGCCAUGUGCUGUGGACCCUGCAGUCCUCUGCCAGCCUGGCUGGCUCUUGGGGACCAAAACGGGGGCAUCUUUCUGCAGAGCAUCUCCUCAGAGACUGCCCCAUCUUCCGUGAGGGACCAUACAGCAGCCAGGCAGAUGAGAGACUGAAUUUGCAUUGUCCAAGAGUGAAGCUGGAAAACCAAAGAAAUAAAGUGAUGUGGUGCCCACA